CUUCUAACUGAGCUGCUGCUGUCACUGUGAAGCAGGACAGCUCUUCAUCUGCGCUCUCCAUCAGCUCCACCAGCUCCACCAAAGGACGAGAGACUGAUUUACCUACAAAUGGCCCCCCAGUGGCUGAGCUGCAGUACUGCUGUACUGCUGCUUUUGGUUCAUGUUGCCCCAGUCGUCACGCAGUCCUGCGCCAGGGGACCUGGAGGGAUUCCUGGGAUACCGGGCACCCAUGGAGACAAUGGCAAUGACGGUGUAAAAGGAGAGAAGGGAGAAUCUGGUGAGACAAGUCAUCCUGUCAAGGCCCAUAAAGGGGUGUCAGGUAUACGGGGCCCCCCAGGACGACCUGGGAUGAAGGGGGAAACAGGUAUGCCGGGGUCUCUUGGCCAGGUGGGUCGUCAAGGGCCGAAGGGAAGGUCCUUCAAUCCCUCCUAUCGGGAGUCAUCCUUCUUCUCCCAAAAACGGACAAUAUCACAAAUCCCAGACCUUGACACUCCCAUCGACUUCAACAGCCCGAUUCGGCCGGACCUGGAUGAACAGUUUCAAGGAGAAUCGCUGACAAACAAAACUUUCCUGUCUACCAUCCAAGGAGUCUAUUUCUUCAGCUACCACAUUUCAGCCAAGACCAGGGUGUGUCUGAAGCUGGUGAAGGGAAGUGAAAACCUCAUGAUACUGUGUGACACGUUUGACGGAUUCCUGGUCACCUCGGGCUCGGCGGUCCUGGAGCUGAAUGUAGGAGAUGAAGUAUCACUGCAGGUGCAGAGGUACAACAACAUCGUGACGAGCCUGAGCAGCACCAGCCACAUCUUCACCGGCUUCCUGAUCUUCCCAACCGGCUAGAGCUCCAGCCGCUGAUCCUUACAAUCAUUAAUAAAGUCACAGAUGUUUUGGGACAUUCAUAGCAAUUAAAUGAACGUGUGUUUUCUGUAAUAGUGCAAAUAUCAUCAGAAUUAAUAAAGGCUGGCUCAAUUAUGCACUGCUACCUGCUUUCCUGCAUGUUUUAGCCUCUUAGCUACAUAUUGUGUGUACUUUAAAUUACUGAUGUGCAUUUUCCAAAACAUAACAUUACAUUUCUGAUUGAAUCCCAACUUUCCAACAGCCAGUAAACAGUAAAUCCAGUUUAAUUAAUCAUUAUUUUAUUGGUAACAUUUCACUUUAAGUUCCUAUAUUUAGUAUUUAUAAGCAGUAUAUAAAUUGAAUAAACUAAUAAAUAAUUUAGGGCCUAUAAUACACUAUAAUGUCAUUGUUUGCAAAGUGUUUAUUAAUGUAUUUGUCUCUUCCUGUGGGCACUCAUAUAUAGAGGCCUGAUGUAUACACAGAUAAUAAUUGUUGUACAUUAAUAAACACUUCAAUUACCUUUGUACAACUACAUUAUAGUGUGAUAUAAACUAAAUAUGGGGACUUAUAUUAAAGUGUUACCAUUGUUUUUAGUACAUUUUAAUUUAAAAACAAAUAAACACCCCACCUUCAAAAAUGAAAACACAAGACUGAACCAUGCUGUUUUUUCACACACUCUGAGCGACAUACAUUUAAUACUUUCUAACAUUAAUCAACAAAAUCAACAUUAGUAAUGUUGUUUUGUUAAGUGUUUGAUUAUUUAAUUAUAAGAGAAACUUGCUUCAUUUAAAAAUCUUCUAUUGUACAUCCCCAAUAAACAUCAAGUUUUAUAACCAUGAAAUUA